CGGGGCGCGGACACGCGGGCCCAGCGGUCGCGUGAGGGGGCGCGCGCUGUUGGCGCGCCGCGGCCGUCCGCACGGGUUCCCGCGCGAUGCGCGCGCUGGGGCGGGCGCACGCGGCGGCCGUGGAGCUGCUGCUGCUGCCGUGGCGGCGCGGCCCCGCGCGCCCCGCCCGCCCCGCCGCCUCCGAGGUGCUGAGCCAGCACCUACGGCAGCGCGCGCUGCCGCCCUGGACCUCGUUCUGCGUGCGCUACAGCGCCGUGCGCAACGACCAGUUCGGGCUCUCGCACUUCAACUGGCCCGUGGACGGCGCCAACUAUCACGUCCUGCGCACCGGCUGCUUCCCCUUCAUCAAGUACCACUGCUCCCGCGCCGCCCCGCGGGACCUGGCGCUGCAGAACGCCGCCUUCACGGCGCUCAAGGCCCUCAACGCCGGCAUCCCAACUUUACUGUAUGGAAUUGGCUCCUGGUUCUUUGCCAACGUCACAGAGACUGUUCAUACGAGUCAUGGCCCGGUCACUAUUUAUUUUCUAAAUAAAGAAGAUGAAGGCGCACUGUACUGAAAUCACACCCCCGAGUACCUGUCGUUUGGUGGGAUUGUGUGUUGGAGCUGCUACAAAUACCUGCUCCCUUUGACUGAAAGGAGCUGAAGGCAACUAGCUUUUUUUUUUACAGUGCAUUCUUUUACUUAACAUGCUGUCCUCAGGAAGGUUCAUGGAGCUUUUGGUCAUAAGAGAUUUAGUUUUGCUGAGGUCAGUAAAGUUGAAAAAGCAGAUACCUUGGGAGAAUUAAUAUCUAUGGGUAUUAGAAUUUGUGGAAGUCAGUGACUAGUGCUGCUGAACAAACUUGUGGUAAUUUAAAGAGAGAAAACUACCAACUUAGAGAACAGAAUUGUAGCAUCAGGGCAAUGAAACUGAAUACGCUAGACAUUUUCAAAAUGUCCGAAAAGGUGAAGCUGCUUAGGUUUCGACUCUGACUAGAUGUUUCAUAAUGCAUUAAUUGUCAUAGUCGCAUGUGUGUUUGAAUGAAUCCACGGUGCUCGCAAUUGCCUGGAAGACUCUGGAAAAAUACCAUUCUGAGAAGUAAAAAAUGGCUAUAUUGCAUUUCUUCAAAUUAUAUUUAAAUAAAAGAUCUAAAAUGUGGUUUAUGCUUGUAUUUUUGCAGUUCUUGAACUCCAGAUUGAGAUAUCUGCAUUUUUUUUUUACCUUAUAGGUAAGGAACAAAACCUAAGUCUUCUAGAAGAUUUAGUCCCCUGUGCUGAAUUACAAAUUGAUAUUUUUAGUUCAUACAGGAGAAUGAGAAGAAUGCUGUCUUCAUUUUGUUGAUGCGAAAUAACCGAUUGCCUCAUCUGUAACUGAGCACAUCUGUAACAGGUACUUAUAAUGAUGGAAUGACUGAAAUUCAGUUGGAAGCUUGGGCAAGGAAAAAGCUUUUAGGGAAUUACUUGAAUAGUGGAAAUACAGAAUUAGACAGUAAGUUCAGACAACAGAAAUACCUCUACAGGAUGUAUUUCUGGUGCUUACUUUUAGUGCCAGCAAAUAAUACCAAAUGCUAUGUCUGGUCACAUAUGUUGGUUAUCUCAAUUUUCAUAACUAGAAAGAUAAAUGUAAAAUGUAUGGGGCUUGGAGGGUAAUCGUUAUUCCUAAAUAAAUGGUUGUCAAGCUGUGACUACAGUGUAAUUUCAUUUAAAUACCUUUUUACUUAAUUCCAGAUAACGAAACUGGUUUCCACUUAACAAAGCAGUACAUGUGUUUUUUUCUAGAAGCAACACUAAAUAACACUUCAAUCAGAGAAGUGCUUGCACCAUUCUGUUUAAUUUUGGAGAAUAUUCUUGGCACAAUUUAAAUGAGUCUCAAGACAGUAUUACAAGAAGCCUCAUUAAAAACAAAAAUGACUGUUAGCAAUUUUCUAGACCUGAUACUCACUGUAUUGGAUAAAGUUAAAUAACUGCAGCUCAUAAGUUUAAGUCAAAUACUGCUCAUUCAUUGUCACGGAUCUUGUCAAUAUCUUGCUGUAAAGGUUUAGUCUCAACGCACGGCUGAUAAAAUGGUUUUUAAUUACCAGACUAUAAAUACAGCUCUUCAUUGGAGCUGCACCUCCACUCGCUGCAGCGCGUUUGAUUUCUGAUAAUGCGUACUGCUGACUUUGCUUACCUGUUUUUCAAUAGUAGCAGGCAACACGACUCCUUGUCCAUACGGUGAUGGGCAAGGCUCCUUAGAGAACAUCUCUGACAAACUACCCUAUUGAUUGCUGCAAUUCUGUGCUGCUCGCAGCAUUAAAUAGAGACUUGAUUUCUUGUUCAAUGAUCUCAUCGUGUAACAAUUAAGCAAAUGUAAUAUUUUCUUGUAUUACAUGAAAAUCAAUAGACCUCUUGCUCCUAUGAAGUUGAUCAUGCUAAAGGAUGAACUCAAAGAUGUCUGAGGGCAGAGUGCAAAUAUAGUGGCAUUUGUUUCCUUAAGGCUUGUAUGUGACCUGCUAUAGUACUUAAGAGGGAAAAUAUGCAAUUUAUAACAGAUAAUGCUUGAGUUAUUAAAUCAUAGCAAAAAUUCUUGGGUAUGAACAGAAAGCUACUUGCUCGUCUUUGACCAAAGGUAAAGUAUUUCAUCUGACUUUCACUCUUUCUGCUAUGAAGACCUACUUCUUCAUAUCUUUUUUUAUCGCUUAUCUUAAGUGUUGGCCUGAAGGCAAGAUGGAAGGGUUGAGGGCCAGGAAGAUGCAAGAAGAUUCAUACCAUCUUGACUCUCAAAUUCCUGUAAGGUGCAGGGGAAUGGGAAUGGCAGGCAAGGAUGAGUGUGCAGUGUGUAGUUCUCAGCUGAACCUUUGCUGCUUUACCUUUCUAAUCCCUGUCACCACAAAUUCGUGCCUUGUGGCAGUCAGCUCCUAAAGGGACAAUCAAGUAUAAAGACAGCAGCGUCUUCUGUUGUGAAGACCAAGUGCUUGAAUUGAAGACAGUCCCUGAAGUGAGCUGUAAGAUGAGCUGCUAGCUGUUGAAUUGUUUGCAGAUAAAUUAUUUGCAUGCGUAGCAUCUAACUGCUCUCUGUUCUCUGCAGGGUCUUUUCAUGUUGUCACGUAACCCCAUUGCUUCAAAAGAUAAACUCGUAGGGAACCAAACUGUUCAUUUCUCUGGCCUAGAAUAAUUUAUUUCUAUUUGUUUUAAUUACCUUUUUGCAUGUAUUAUACUACAUGUAUGUUGUGUAUGCAACAUAUACUAAUGUUGAUACAUGUUUUUUUUAUGGAUCAUUGAACUACAAAACCACCCUUCCAACUUUUUAUGGAUUUGAGCUGCACUAUUUCCAUUUGAAAUAAAGGGUAGUUUAUCUUGUAGGUCUUAAUUAUCUCUACUGUAUUCAAGAAUAAUGUUUAAAUGAAUGAGAGAUGACAUAAAAAGGCAGAGAGCUUUGUUUCACCUCACUUAACAACUGCUUCAGGUAAAUGAAACCUCAGUCUCAACCCAGAGGAUCAGGUAGCUCCUUCUUGUAGCAGUCUUUUUAAACUGUAAUGACUGUUGGGGGCUCCUGAACCUAAGCGAGCGCUUAGUAUUACAUCUUACCUAGGUCAACAGUCUCAGGUAUCCGAGUUAAACUGUGGUACUGUAAAUUAAUGGAAAAUGUAACUGCACUUUGCUGAAAGAUCAAUGUCCAAUAAAGGCUGCACAAUCAAAUCUUGUUGCAA